ACUCCCCAAAUGAUGGACACUUUUUGGAUCAAAGCUUUCCCGGAACGCAGAGAGAGAGAGUAGCGAGUGUGCGAUGCAAUGGGCUCUUCUCUCUCCUCCGCCAUUCUCAUUCUUCUCUUUGCUUUCUGUCUCUCUCUUCCGACCCUCUCACUUGCCACCGAACUCAAAGCUGUUGAUAUUAAAAACCCAGUACUAGAAGUCAUCCCCGCACCUCUUUCUGAGCACUCAGCUGUGCCUGGUUCUAAAGAUGUUUUAUUUUGUGAACGGGCACGAGUUUCUGGUACAUCCAGGUUAAAACUUGGGAGUUAUGCAAGUUCACUUAAGAUCACCUUGUCUACAUCUCUUGUAAUCCCGGAGAGGUUGCAUAGCAAAACUCAAGUCUGUUUUCAUAGGAAUAAUACGCUUGGAUUAUGUCAGUGUGUAGAGGAUGAUUGGAAAAUUCUUCAGAAAGGGUUAUGGAUUUCUGUCAUGUCGCCUUAUGAUGACAGAUAUGUCGAUGUCAAGUUCAUUGGCAAAAUACCUGGCUCUGUCACCAUUACUGUUGAAGAAGAUUUUCAGAGAUGGCGCCUUGUGUGUCUUGCACUGGGAUUUACUUUACUAUUGUUUGCACCAAUUGUCAGCAAUUGGGUACCUUUUUAUUAUAGCAGUUCAAUGGUUAUAGGAGGUUUUCUGGUCAUUAUAAUCAUUCUCUUCCAGGGAAUGAAGCUGUUGCCAACUGGAAGGAAAAAUGUCCUCUAUCUUACCAUAUAUGGAUCAGUGCUUGGAGCAGGAUCUUUCCUUGUUCCUCAGUUUUCACUGAUGGUAAAUUCUGUUCUUUUGAGUUUUGGGCUAAGUGAAGAGAUGCAUAACCCAGUCUCUAUAUUUUUACUAGUGGGAAUUAUCCCUGCGGGAGCUGCAUUAGGGUACUGGAUUGUGAGGGAGUUUGUUGUCUCAAAAGAUGGGACAGUAGAUGUUGGUGUAGCACAAUUUGUCAAGUGGGCUAUGCGUAUCAUUGGAACAACCUCCAUCUUGCAGAGCACUCUCGAUACUCCUUUGGCAAUGGGCGCUUUGGUUUCUUACUGGAUUAUCAUGAAGUUGAUUACUUCUCUGAAAUGGCAUCGCAAAUCUCAUCAGUCGGAUGCUGGGAGUGGGAGUCCUUGGCUGCAGAACGGAGAACAAGUCAAGGGUAGACAAAGUCGUCCAGGAUUUCUUAGCAGGAGUCUAUCUGCUUGGUCUGACUCUCCUGUUAAAGUUUCAGAUUCCAAGUACGCACAAGAUUUGCAGUUCCAAGAGGCUCUAAUGUCCUCUUCUGCAAUCACCUCCCAAUCGACGCACAAUGGCGGUUCCUCUUCCUCUUCAUCAUCGGCAACAAUCCAAGCAACCCAAGCAAUCCAAUCCAACCCACCACAACCAUCAACACAAAUCCUUUGUGAGAUUUGUGUUGAAAUGAAAGAGGCUGAUGAGUUUUUUCAAAAUGAGGGCUGCGUUCACUCCUUCUGCUCUGACUGCAUAACCAAUCAUGUGGCAUCCAAAAUCCAAGCAAACAUUCACGUAAUUUUGUGCCCCGGCUUGGACUGCAGGGCUGUGCUGGAACUUGAUGCUUGUAUGCCAAUACUUCCCAAAGAAGUCAUAGAAGGGUGGAAUGAUGCCCUUUGUGAAGCUAUGGUUUUAGGGGCACAAAGACUCUACUGUCCUUUCAGCGACUGCUCAACGGUUUUGAUGAUCGACAAUGAAGGUGAGGAGGCUGUAAGAGUGUCCGAGUGUCCCAUUUGCCAUAGACUGUUCUGUGCACGAUGUCAAGUCCCUUGGCAUCCAGGAGUUGAUUGUGAGGAGUAUCGGAAACUUAACGAGGACGAGCGAGGGAGGGCGGAUCUUAUGGUUAAGGAACUUGCAAAGCAGAAUAAGUGGAAGCGGUGCCCUAGGUGCAAAUAUUAUGUGGAGAAGACUCAAGGUUGUUUGCAUAUUACUUGCAGGUGCCAAUACCAGUUCUGCUAUGGAUGUGGAGCAGAAUGGACAAGUACUCAUGGUGGUUGCCAGUGAGAUUAAGUCGCGGAAGGCACUCGGCUUGAAGGUGUAUUACUUGUUUGAUGACGCUAGAACUUUUAUUUAUAUACGGAAUCGUCAAAGGUCCAUCAGUAAGGGACUUUUGCUUGUAAAUUUGCUUCCUAGAUAUUUGAGGUUGUGUGAUGUGUAACAUUGCUUUGAAUUCCCUUAUUAAUGUUAUGGAGUUUUCUCUUUUC